AUGGGCCCUGGAGGUAGUCACAGCGGCAUUCAGAUGAAGGAACGCUGCUCGGUUUGUGCUGAAAGUUUUACUAAAAACAGCCAAUUAUUUUAUCACAUGAGAACACACACAGGAGAAAAACCUUUUAAUUGUUCAGUUUGUGGCAAAAGCUUUUCUGGUAAGAGCAAGUUGACUCAACACAUGAGAACACACACAGGUGAAAAACCAUUUAAGUGUUCAGUUUGUGGCAGAAGCUUUUCUGGUAAGAGCAAUUUGACUCAACACAUGAGAACACACACAGGUGAAAAACCAUUUAGUUGUUCAGUAUGUGGCAAAAGCUUUUCUCGAAAUAUCGAUUUGACUUACCACAUGAGAACACACACAGGUGAAAAAACAUUGAAGUGUUCAUUUUGUGGCAAAAGCUUUUCUGUUAAGAGCAAUUUGACUAAACACAUGAGAACACACACAGGAGAAAAAACAUUCAGUUGCUCAGUUUGUGGCAAAAGCUUUUUUCGAAAUCAUGGUUUGACUGAACACAUGAGAACACACACAGGUGAAAAACCAUUUAAUUGUUCAGUUUGUGGCAAACGCUUUUCUCACAGUACCUCUUUGACUAAGCACAUGAGAACACACACAGGAGAAAAAACAUUUAGUUGUUCAGUUUGUAGCAAAAGCUUUUCUGAUAAGAGCGAUUUGACUAAACACAUGAGAACACACACAGGAGAAAAACCAUUUAGUUGUUCAGUGUGCUGUAAAAAGUUCAGACAUAAAGCAGCCGCAGUAAAACACAUAAAAACACACAAGGGAAAAUAACCAAUUAGCUGUUUAGUUUGUGGUAUGUUGCUCAUAUGUGGUGACAUCCACCCUACCCAGGACCUCCUCACUGCUUCUUUCACAAAUAUCUGAGGUAUUCAUACAAACUUGGAUUAGUUGAAGCAUAAUCUUAUCUACUCAUGACCCCAUGUCUUCUCUGUAUCUGAAACCUUCCUGAACAGUAAGAUAGAUGAUGCUUCAAGUGCUUGGUUACUCCUUCUUCAGUCCAGGGACCUGGGGCCUCAUGUGUCAAGUUUGUGCACGCUCAAAAACCUGCACUACACCCUUUUUCACUGCAAAGUUGAGAUGUAUCAAAACUGACGUUGAUGCAUAAGUGAUGCUGGGUAACUGUUUGCAUAACAAAGUGCCAACUUUUACUCCUCAGACUGAUUGAUGUGCAAAUCAGAGACAUAUGAACAAUUAAACCCCAACACCCACAACCCAACCCCCACCUCCCUCGACAUUCGGGCAUAACAGGUUCAAUCCGGCCCGCGAGAUGAGUGUGCGAAGAGUAAAAUUCAGCUGCAUUUUUAAUGAAAGAAACUGCUGUUCUAAUUGUGUCCACUGGAUGUCGCAAUAGCAAUUCUGUUAGGCAAGCAAAUAGUUUAUAUGGGGGCGAGCAAGUAUACCAAGCAAGAGGUACCCGGUAAAACGGGGCUGUGACUCCUCCCCCUCCACCCAAUGUAAAACAGGAGUAAAAUAACCAAUCAGCAACCCCACUUAAAAUGUGGAAAUGACAAAGGAGGUAGUUGAUACAUAGAAUAGUUUUUAUUCAUGCUUUAUUUAGUUUUUUUGUUCAAUCCUAGAUGAGUUGUGACUUAAAGUUUAAUAGAAACACUGAGAUUAAGUCUAAAUUCAUUUUGUUCUUCAAGGUGUUUUUGAAAAUGCACCAUGUUUUACCUCUAAUUGUUCAACUAACUUGAAGUGUUUUGUCCAGAGGAUUAUUUGUGAUAUGUACUUUUUCAGAAUGUGCUUGUUCUAUUUUGGG